AAAAACAUAGGCGGGAAAAGCCUGAAUUCCACACUGCACCUCCCUCUCUCUUCUUCGGCUUCCACACUAUCUUCUGACUCUUAAAGCAUUCGAAGCUAUCAGUUUGGGCAGACAACUUAUGCGAGCUAUAAUUAGAGUUAGAAAUUGGUAAGAGAAAUAUUGCUCUAGUCAAAAGAUGGGUGUGGAGGAUUAUCAUGUGAUUGAACUGGUAGGCGAAGGAUCAUUUGGAAAGGUAUACAAGGGAAGGCGAAAGUACACCGGCCAGACUGUUGCAAUGAAAUUCAUUAUGAAGCAUGGGAAAAGUGACAAGGACAUAUUGAAUCUAAGACAAGAAAUUGAGAUUCUAAGAAAGCUGAAGCAUGAGAAUAUCAUUGAAAUGCUUGAUUCCUUCGAAAGCCCUCAAGAGUUCUGUGUUGUCACUGAAUUUGCACAAGGUGAGCUAUUUGAAGUUCUUGAGGAUGACAAUUGCCUUCCUGAAGAACAAGUUCAAGCAAUUGCAAAGCAGUUGGUGAGAGCAUUGCAUUACUUGCAUUCCAACCGUAUCAUCCAUCGUGACAUGAAGCCUCAGAAUAUUCUUAUUAGCAAAGGGUCUAUUGUCAAGCUUUGUGAUUUCGGGUUUGCACGUGCAAUGUCCAUGAAUACUGUUGUUUUGCGAUCCAUAAAAGGCACUCCUCUUUAUAUGGCUCCGGAACUGGUACGAGAACAACCCUACAACCACACUGCAGAUUUGUGGUCUCUCGGAGUUAUACUGUAUGAGUUAUUUGUUGGCCAGCCUCCAUUUUACACAAAUUCUGUAUAUGCACUCAUCAGACACAUUGUUAAGGAUCCAGUCAAAUAUCCAGACACCAUAAGUCCAAAUUUUAAAAGUUUCCUGAAGGGAUUGCUCAAUAAGGUCCCACAAAAUCGAUUGACAUGGCCUGCUCUUCUUGAACACCCUUUCAUUAAGGGAAUGUCAGAUGAAACACAGGCCGGGGAAAUGUGUCCGCUGACUGCUAGAAGAUGUGAUGCGCCAUGCAAUGGAGAAGGAAGCGAGAGUCACAUAUCUGCCGGUAUAAAAAACUCUCCCGAUUGUUCAGAGAACAGUAAAGGGCUGUGCAAAGAUAAAAAUGCUCAGCUAAAUGUUCCUAACUCCAACAUAGGCGUUUCUUCACUGCAUGAGGAGUUCCCAGGAUUUGCAAGUCCUAACGAUGUUAAGCAGUCAGGUUGCCAGACAUUGGAUAGAUUAGAAAAUAACUCCCGUACAGUCAAAGGGGCACAAAUGAUCGGUCAAGAUAAUGAAGCUUUAGCACAUGUUUUGCGACCACUAAACAGAUGGUCCAAAGGAUCUCAAAAGCCUUGCGGGGAUCAAGAAGUUCUUAUGUCAUACCAGUCACUAAGAAUUCUUUCAAACUUAGUUGCAGCUGGCGCCAUACAGCCCAGUGGAUUGAUUGAUGAAAUAACACACGAACUUCUUGUUUUCACCGCACAUAUUGUUAGCUUCAAACCAUCUGAACUUAAUGACUUAAGUGCAAAGAGUUUCUCAAUCAUCAAAAUUUUGGUGCACAAUAGAGGAAACGGCAUUACAACCUCGUACUUGAGACACUGGGUUCCAUUAACCGAAAUUUUUUCUCAGGUUGUUGGUUGCACUGAAGAUAUAUCUGGAAAAGUUUUGUUCGAGUCUAUUGCUUGCAUUACUGUCAUGUUAGCUUCAGUCGUCCAAGGUCUAAAAGCAUGUUCUUCUGGUUCAGGUUCUGAGGUCAUUUCGACUCUUAAUGAGUUGCUAAGAUGCAUGUUGGAUCAUGCUAAAAGAUCUAGUUUAGUGGACCAUUUGUGUCUCUGCUUAGCUACGUCAGGCUCGAGUCUCCUCUCGGGUUCUUCUGAUAAGCUGCAUGCUGCUUGUGAAACAUUUCGAGCUAUUUGGUUGUUGAUACAUGCAUCAGAAACUCUUUAUAUGAAAGAAAAUGCCUAUCAAUUUCCCUUAAGUGCGCUACAAAGUCCUUCUUUGCUCCGACUUGACAUAAGCAAUCAAGAUCGAGGUUCAUUAGUUGACACAGAAUCAGCUAAAGUUGUUGAUGCAGUGACAAAAGCAUUCCUCAGAUCAAAGGCAGUGCAGGUUGCUCUUUACUAUUGUCUUCGUCAACGUCUUGAGGCUUCACUAUGUGCUUGCAUUCAGGUCUUGUCAAGGUGCUGUCUACAUAAUGCAAUUGUUCCAGGUGUUUUAUGCGGCCUUCCCAUUUCCCUACCUGUAACUACUGUUGUCAGUGGAGGAGGGGAUGGAACCAUUAUUUCAGAGAUAUUCUCGAUAUUAUCUUUUUGUACUUCAUCCUUCAAUAAAGCUACACAAACAGAUGAAACAAGUAACUUGAAGAGUAAAUUAACCAAUCCCGAUGUGUUGGUUUUACAUUCUUGCCUCCUUGUUGCAUCAGUUGCACAGUGCUUAAGGGCAAUGGGAAGAAACUCGGCGUUAUUUAUGCUCACAACCACCCAAAAAAAGCAGGUUUCUCGACUUGCUGUCCUUGCCGAGUAUUUCUCUCCUAAUGACAAAACAAAAACUUCUCUUCAACCUUGUAGUGCAUCAGCUAUGUUGGCUCUUGCUUCCAUUAUAUCCCUCGAAACUGGGGCCUCUGUUGAAUCCUCUGUAUCUGAAAUAGGAGUGCCUUUGAUUCCUCGAACUGCUAUGCUUUGUGACUGCCUUAAAAUUUCAUCUGGCAACGAAAACGAAGUGGAUAAUCAUCCUGCAACUGGUGCUCUCUCAAAUUGGCAUGGCCUUAAGGAUGGAUGUGUCGGUUUGUUAGAAUGCAGACUCAGGUGGGGCGGACCAUUAGCUGUUCAAGAGAUGUGUGCAAAUGGUAUCCCUAUGCUUCUCAUUAAUUUGUUAGCUAAAAACGCUUCAAAAGCAGCUCCUCAAGGAAAUGGAAGCAUAAGAGAUGAAGCUGGACUAUCCCCAAUAGGCGCAGCAUGGACUGUUUCAUCAAUAUGUCACUGUCUUCCAGGCGGAUCCAUCACUUUUCGUCAAAUUAUGAAGACCGAUCACAUCAAGAUUUUUUCUGACUUACUGAGUGAUGUGCACCUCAAACUUGUAAAGUGCUGGGUUGGGCCUGGUGGAGGUAAGGAUGGAGUCAGAGAUAUAAUAAAUACAGUGAUUGAUCUAUUAGCAUUUCCUUUUGUUGCUGUACAGAAUGCUCCAGGCCUGCCAACAGCUACUGCUUCUGUAAACAGUGGUUUCCUUCUCUAUAUGGGUUCACCCGGUGCGAGGGUAUGCAUGGAAAACAAGGAUAUGGUGAAAGUAAUCGAGGAAGACUUGGGAAAGUAUACUAAAAUCCUUUUGGAGGUUGGAGUGCCUGGCAUCAUUCUUAGAUGUUUGGAGCGCAUGGAGUUAAAAGAUUUGGGACGGCCUCUUGCAUUUCUCGCCAAAAUGAUACGCCAGCCACUUCUGGCAGGUCAACUUGUGAAAAAGGGCUUAUUGGAUCCCAAUAGGUGUAGAAGGUUGCUGGAUUCUUCAUGCCCGAUAGAAGUCACGUUAGAUGCUCUCAUGAUUAUUUCAGAUUUAGCUCGCAUGCACAAGGGAUUUUAUGAGUACAUAGACAGGGCUUCUGUUUUGGAGUACUUGAAGGAAUUUCUCACUCAUGAAGACUCCAACGUACGAGCAAAUGCGUGUAGUGCUCUAGGCAACAUGUGCCGGCAUAGCUGCUACUUUUAUGAUUCACUCGCAAGGUUCCAAAUCAUUAGCCUCCUUAUCGAUCGAUGCUCUGAUCCAGACAAACGCACACGAAAAUUUGCAUGUUUUGCUAUAGGAAAUGCUGCUUACUAUAAUGGCACAAUGUAUGAACAACUCAGGAGAUCCAUACCUUAUCUUGCCGAUCUGUUGCUAAAAGGAGAAGAUGACAAAACUAAAGCUAAUGCUGCAGGUGCAUUAAGUAACCUCGUUCGCCACUCCAACAAGCUUUGUGAAGAGAUUAUAUCUACAGGAGCCUUGCAGGCUAUACUAGAGUUGGUGGCUGAGUGUUCAGCAGUACCCUUGAAUCCAGCUCCAGGUGCCCUAAAUCAGUCGCCUCUAAAGGUAGCUCUCUUUUCAUUGACAAAGAUGUGUGCACACUCUCCUUGCAGACAGUUCCUCCGAUCUUCGGAGUUGUUACCCAUUAUCCGAAAGCUUCAACAAUCCCAAGAAAAAGAAAUUGCCAAAUAUGCCUCGGACAUUAUCAGCAGAGUUGCUGAUAAUGCCUGAAACCAUUCCCCAAGUAGACAAACACUUGACACUACCAAAUCAGCAAUUAUAGAGACUGCCAAAUUGGCGAGUCUUAAUCAUGGAAGAAA